AUGUCAGAUGCUGGGAAUCAGUCAUGUCUGAUGGUAGCAGAGGACACUGUCUCCUUCCUCGUUUGUGUCUUUCAUACCUGGGAGGAAUGGUUGGGCCUUGGUCAGCUGCAGGACUACCUAAGUGUUUUGGAAUACUUAUUGUGGGUCUUCACACCUCUAGCAAUUGUGUUUAUCCUGCCCUUUCUUAUCGUCAUACUCCUUUACCUCUCGAUACUUUUUCUUCAUGUCUACAAGAGGAAAAACCAGUUGAGGGAGGCAUACUGCAACAACCUUUGGGACGGAGCCAGAAAAACUCUGGCAACUUUAUGGGAUGGACAUGGAGCCAUAUGGCAUGGCUAUGAAAUCCACGGGAUGGACAAGAUCCCUGACGAAGGACCAGCACUCAUAGUGUACUAUCAUGGAGCCAUUCCCAUUGAUUACUACUACUUCUUAGCCAAUAUUAUUAUUCAAAAAGGACGAACCUGCCACUCGGUCGCAGACCACUUCCUUUUUAAAAUACCAGGUUUCAAAUUACUUUUGGAGGUGUUCAGUGUGAUUCAUGGUCCCCAAGAAGAGUGUGUGCAGGCACUGAAGAAUGGCCACCUGUUGGCGAUCUCGCCUGGAGGUGUGAGGGAAGCUUUGUUCAGUGAUGAGACUUACCCUCUUCUUUGGGGAAAGCGCAAAGGCUUUGCCCAGGUUGCCAUCGAUUCUAAGGUGGCCAUAAUCCCCAUGUUUACCCAAAAUAUUCGAGAAGGCUUCAGAUCUUUGGGAACGCUGAGAUUUUUCCGUUGGAUGUACGAAACAUUUAGGCUUCCCGUGGCUCCUGUUUAUGGCGGAUUCCCUGUAAAGUUCCGGACAUUCCUUGGUGAUCCAAUCCCAUAUGAUCCAAACAUAACUGCUUCAGAGCUGGCAGAAAAAGUAAAGCAAGCUGUCCAGUCCCUUGUAGACAAGCACCAGAAGAUCCCAGGGAAUGUUCUUAGAGCUCUUUUAGAGAGAUUCCACACAAAAUACAAAGCUGAGUAG